ACCGAGCGGCACGGGUUCGACACAAGCGCCAUCCGGAUCCGCUUCGAGGUCGUCUGCUCCGCAGAGCAGAGCAGAGCAAGGGGAGCUCGAGCAUUGGAAGCGCUCGACGAAGAAGAAGGGAAAGCGAGCGGGAAAACAAGAGGAAGAAAAAACAGAAAGCGAGAACAGACCGUCAAGUUCCUCUUCGCGUUUGAACUGAAAAGGGAGAGCGCUCCUCCAUGGCUGCUGCGGAGAACCACCCUUCCCACGCUUCUGAUCGCCGCGCGGAGCACGCCAAGACCCUCGUCGGCGCGCUCAACCUCAUAACCCGCAACCUCCCUCUCCCUCUCGACGUCUUCCGAGCCGUCGCCUCUAUUUACCAGGGCGAUACACCUCCGGACGUGGAGGAGACGACGGAAGGCGGCGAUGCGUCUUCACCCGCCGAAUUGGACACGACACAUGAGGUGUCAACCAGUGGAAGUUUGAUCUCAGAGUUUGAAGAUGCCUUGUUGAAGCAGAAAAUGAAACACAUGCAUUGCUUAGAACUGGAAGAAUCAAAAGAAAAUCAUUUUAACAGUCUUAUUCAGCAUCGUCUUAAAGAGCUUGAAGUGUUACCAUCAAAUAAGGGUGAAGACUUGCAAAUGAAGUGUUUGCUGGAGCUUUAUGGCUUGAAGCUUGUAGAAUUGCAGAGGAAGGUACGCUCUGAUGUGAGUGCAGAAUACUGGUUGCGUAGAAUAUGUGCACAACCUGAUAAGAUAUUGUUUGACUGGGGUAUGAUGAGAUUCCAGUAUCCAUUUAGCAUGUAUGGGAUUGGAGAUGCUGCUGCAGUGGAGGCUGAUAGUCGUCGUCGAAAGAAAAGAUAUGCAGAGAGGUUGUCAAGAUUAGAAGAGGAUGAAAAGAACCAGGCAGAUGACAGAAAGAGGAAAUUUUUUGCUGAGAUUCUUAACGCUGCCCGUGAAUUUCAGUUACAGACACAAGCUGUUCUGAAAAGACGAAAACAGAGGAAUGAUGGAGUUCAGGCAUGGCAUGCAAGGCAAAGACAGCGUGCUACUCGUGCUGAGAAGUCAAGGUUCCAAGCAUUAAAAGCUGAUGACCAAGAAGCUUAUAUGCGUUUGGUAGAAGAAAGCAAGAAUGAGCGCUUGACAAUGCUUCUUGGUAAAACAAAUGAACUUCUUGUUCGUCUUGGAGCGGCUGUACAGCGUCAGAAGGAUGCAGAACAUGCUGAUGGACUUGAAGACUCUAGUACUCGUAAUCUUCCAGAGAUCUCUCUAUCUAAGACUGAAGGCCCUGGUGAAUUCUCUAUAGACAAUGGUGAUGAUGAGAAAGACAAUGGUGAUGAUGAGAAUACCAAAGUUUCUGAUUUGCUUGAAGGUCAACGCCAGUACAACUCUGCUGUGCAUUCAAUAGAGGAAAAGGUUACAGAGCAACCAUCAAACCUUCAAGGUGGGGAACUAAGACCUUACCAAUUAGAAGGACUUCAAUGGAUGCUUUCUUUAUUUAACAACAACCUAAAUGGUAUUCUGGCUGACGAGAUGGGUUUAGGAAAGACUAUACAAACUAUAGCACUAAUUGCAUAUUUAAUGGAAAAUAAAAGUGUCACUGGACCCCACUUGAUUGUUGCUCCAAAGGCUGUGCUGCCAAAUUGGAUUAGUGAAUUUUCAACAUGGGCACCAAGUAUUGUGGCAGUUCUAUAUGAUGGGCGCCUAAUUGAAAGGAAGGCCAUGAGGGAAGAGUACUCUGGACAAGGCAAAUUCAAUGUGAUGAUCACACACUAUGAUCUCAUAAUGAGAGACAAAGCUUUUCUGAAGAAAAUACAUUGGCAUUACAUGAUUGUUGAUGAAGGGCAUCGCCUAAAAAAUCAUGAGAGCGUUCUUGCUAAGACAAUUGUCUCAGGUUAUCGUAUACGUCGCAGACUGCUUUUGACUGGUACUCCAAUACAGAAUAGUUUGCAGGAGUUGUGGGCUUUACUUAAUUUUCUUCUGCCUACUAUAUUCAACUCAGUACAGAACUUUGAGGAAUGGUUCAAUGCACCCUUUGCUGACAAAAAUGAAGUAUCUCUUACAGAUGAAGAAGAGCUCUUGGUUAUUCGUCGGUUACAUCAAGUUUUAAGACCUUUCCUUCUCAGAAGGAAGAAGGACGAAGUGGAAAAAUAUCUUCCUGGGAAAACACAAGUGAUUCUAAAAUGUGAUCUAUCAGCUUGGCAGAAAGCUUAUUAUCAACAGAUCACUGACAUUGGAAGGGUUGGACUAGAAUCUGGCAUCAAAUCGAAGAGUCUCCAGAAUUUGUCGAUGCAACUGAGGAAGUGCUGUAAUCAUCCUUACCUAUUUGUCGGAGAUUAUAACAUGUGGCAAAAGGAGCAAAUUGUUAGAGCAUCAGGAAAAUUUGAGCUGCUUGAUCGCUUACUUCCAAAGUUACAGAAAUCUGGCCACAGAGUUCUCCUUUUCUCUCAGAUGACCCGUCUGAUUGAUAUAUUAGAGAUCUAUUUGCAGUUAUAUGGUUUUAAAUACCUCAGGCUUGAUGGUUCAACUAAGACGGAAGAAAGAGGAGUUUUACUCAAAGAGUUCAAUGCACCAAACUCCCCAUACUUCAUGUUUCUUUUGAGCACUCGAGCUGGUGGUCUUGGAUUGAACUUGCAGUCAGCAGAUACUGUUAUAAUUUUUGACAGCGAUUGGAACCCCCAAAUGGACCAACAAGCAGAAGACCGUGCUCAUCGAAUUGGGCAAAAGAAGGAAGUCCGUGUAUUUGUUUUGGUUAGUGUUGGAUCCAUCGAGGAGGAAAUCUUGGAACGUGCUAAGCUGAAGAUGGGUAUUGACGCAAAGGUUAUCCAGGCAGGGUUGUUUAAUACCACAUCUACUGCACAGGACAGGCGUGAGAUGCUACAGGAGAUCAUGCGGCGAGGCACAAACUCCCUGGGAACUGAUGUGCCAAGUGAGAGAGAGAUCAACCGCCUUGCAGCAAGAACAGAAGAGGAGUUCUGGUUGUUUGAAAAGAUGGAUGAAGAGAGACGACAGAAAGAAAGAUACAAGUCAAGGCUUAUGGAGGAAAAGGAAGUGCCUGACUGGGCUUUUUCCAAGACAAAUCAAGAAAGAAACAAGGGGAGUAUUGGCCAUAGUAAGGAUGUUCUGAGCAAUGAACUCAGCGGGAAGAGGCGCCGAAAAGAGGUGAUUUAUACUGAUUCAUUGAGUGAUAUCCAGUGGAUGAAAGCAGUGGAAGCUGGAGAGGAUUUGUCGAAAAUAGCCUCUGCAGGAAAAAGGAAACGACAGCCCCUUGAUGCAUAUGAAUACAGGGAACGCCUCUCUGAUGCUUAUGAAUCUCUUUCUGAUGAAGCGGUGGGGCAACAAAAUGUGCCUAGGAUGAAGACUGUUCAAGAUGAUACCUUGGUUGUCGAGGAUGCCAGCGAUGACUUUUUAAGCAGAACUCCAGCCAAAUACAAAUCUGGAAUCUUAUUGAACAAAAGGGACGAUGGAGACAGCGAUGCUGACAAUUGGCAAGAAAACAUUGUCACAUGGAGGACCCACAAGAGAAAACGCUCAGGCAAUGGUCUAUCCAGUUGAACAUCUGAUGUGAAUGGAUGAUACAAGGAUCAUAACCAUGUCGUGUCUUGAUCUUGAUCAGUCGAGAAAACGACAAACGUGACAAACUUGAUGUAGGUUAAUCUCCAACAACAUAGUUGGUUUCACCUAAGCUAGCACUAUUCAGAAGCUACUUUACUUUUAAAACUUUAUUAAUGUAGGUUAAUCUCCAACCUCUGUAUAUAAAUGAACUUUUCAUGUAGGUUAGAUUAUUAUUUCGACUAUAUGUAUUUUGUGCAAAUAUUCGAACGGAUUUAGCACCAUUAUGUGAUCCAUCUCGUCAGUAUUCUGCUAA